UUCCCUCUCUACAGCUUCUCUCGAAGUCAUCUCUCUCAAUUUUCGUUCGCCUGCUUCUUCACUGUCGUGUUUUUUCGACCCAUUUUGAACGCAUUGACGAUUUCGAUUUCUGUCACUUGAUCCGUAAUGUGCUUGAGUUUCUUCGAGGUUUGAUUCAAUCUGCUUGUUGCUUCGAAGGGAAGAAGAAUCUGCCGCUUUGAGUUUCCUUCUUAUUUAGUUGCUUUAUAAGCGUGUUCUUAGCUGAUGGACAACGAGAAGCCCCAAUGCCGUGGGGGAGGAUUUCUGCAGGAAUCAACUCGUUACUCGGGGUUUUCAUCGGCUGAAAGUAGUUUCAAUGGAAAAUCUGAGGCAGCCUCGUCUUCAAUGUCAUUGCCUCCAUUGGCUCCGAGUGGUAAUUCCGAUUGGGGUCAAUCUGGCCGUGGAAUGUCCACCGAUUCCAAUCGGUUUAGCCAUGAUAUUAGUCGAAUGCCUGAAAAUCCGCGGCGAAAUGUUGGUCACAGACGUGCUCAUUCAGAGAUUCUGACCCUCCCAGAUGAUAUCUGUUUCGAUAGUGACCUUGGUAUCAUUGGCGGUGGUGAUGGGCCUUCUCUUUCCGAUGAUACUGAGGAAGAUUUGUUGUCCAUGUACCUUGACAUGGAUAAAUUCAAUUCCUCCCCUGGUACUUCUGCUACUCAAGUGGGUGAUUCAUCUUCCUCUGUUGUAGAAGCAGCGGCUACUUCUACAGAUGAUAUUGCUGUUGGUUUGAAGGAGAGGCCGAGAGUUAGACAUCAGCAUAGCCAGUCCAUGGACGGCGUGACAAACAUCAAACCUGAGAUGCUUGUCACGGGGUCUGAAGAAGCCUCUGCAGCUGACUCCAAGAAAGCCGUGUCAGCUGCUAAGCUUGCUGAGCUUGCGUUGAUUGACCCCAAACGUGCAAAAAGGAUAUGGGCGAACAGACAGUCAGCUGCACGGUCAAAGGAACGAAAGAUGCGGUACAUUGCUGAGCUUGAAAGGAAAGUUCAAACAUUGCAAACAGAGGCAACUUCCUUGUCUACUCAGUUGACUCUCUUACAGAGAGAUGCAAAUGGUAUCACUGCCGAGAACAGUGAAUUAAAGCUGCGAUUGCAGACAAUGGAACAGCAGGUUCACCUGCAAGAUGCUUUAAAUGAAGCACUGAAAGAAGAAAUUCAGCAUUUGAAAGUUUUGACUGGCCAAGCAAUGCCGAACGGUAGAUCAAUCACAAACUUUGCUUCCUUUGGAGGCGGCCAACAAUUCUAUCCUUCAAACAAUCAAGCAGUUCAUACUUUGUUAACUGCGCAGCAGUUUCAGCAACUUCAAAUACAAUCCCAACAGCAACAGCAACAGCAUUUUCAGUACCAGCAGCUGCAUCAGCUUCAGCAACAGCAGGCUGGAGACAUCAGAAUGAAACGAUCCAUAUCUCCUCAAAGCUCAAAAGACGCUGCAUCGGACACGAAGCCUCCUCCUACCUCAUGUUGAAACAAGGUGAUUUUCAUGACCAACUACGUUGAGAGUAGUUUGUUUAUAAAGAAAAGAUAUGGCUCACUGUCUGAGAACGUUACUGUUAGACGUCAAUUUAGUUGCAUUCAUUACUUAGGUAGCACAUUCCAUACAUUUGCUUUCUGAACUCACGGUUCCCAUCCCCUCAAGCAUCAUGCUCAUUUGCUUUUCUGAAGUUCAUUAUCUGUAGACAACAAAGUGGUAGAUGAUUUGUUAUUAAUUUGUGGAUAUUACAGUUGCUGAUGUUGUUCCUAUCGUGUCA